AUGAUUGGAAUUACAAUAAUAACGGGAUUUUUAGGUUCUGGAAAAACCACUUUACUUAAAAAUUUACUAAAUGAAAGUAUAAAAAAAAAUAAAAAAAUUGCAAUAAUACAUAAUGAAUUCACUGAGAAUAAUGAUAACAUUGACAAAAUAGUUUUUAAAGAUAUUAAUGAUAUAUAUAAUUUUCCAAAGGAAAAUAUAGAAAAUGUAAAUGAAUCAAAUAUUGAAAAUAUAAACAAUUUGAAAAUUAUAAAUGAAAUUGAAAGUGAAGAAGGAUUUAUAUAUGAGCUUAAUAAUGGAUGCUUAUGUUGUUCUAAUAAAAGCAAUUUUGUAAAAUUAAUUGAAAAUAUUUUAUCUUUAAAAACUUCUUAUGAUUUUAUUUUUGUUGAGGUAUCUGGUGUCUAUGACAAUAUAAAAAUUAAUAACUUGUUAUGGCUAGAUGAAUUAAACAAAUCUAAAAUUUAUUUAGAUAGUAUUAUUCAUAUAAUAGAUUCUUACAAUUUUUUAAAUUCUUUUAAUGAUAAUAUUCAAUAUUAUGAAUCCUUAAAAAAAACAAAUAAUAUAUUAAAUGAAGCAAAUUCUAACAAGAACACUUUUGAAAACAAAGAAAAUUUAGUAUGUGAACAGAUUAUUGUUUGCGACGUUAUAAUUAUAAACAAAAUAGAUAAAAUUAAUGAAUCAGAAAAAGAAGAAAUAAAAACUUUUAUUAAUAAUAUAAACCCAUUAAGUUCUAUAUAUUUAACAAGCUACUCUACAAUUCCUAUUGAAUGUUUAACUAACUUAAGAUGCUAUGAAAAAAAGAAUAUAAAAGAUGUGUUAAAUAAUGUGUACGAUAAAAACCAUUUUCAUUACAAUGAAUUUAACAAUUGCUCUUUUGAAUUUGAGCAUGAUAUUUCUUAUUUAAGUUAUUUAAGUGAUCAAUUAAACAAAAUGAAAAAAGAAUUUUUAAAAGAAAAAGAUAAAAAUAUUUUAAAAAAUAUUAUUUCCUUAAAAAAAAAUAAUAUUUUUUCUUAUAAAAAAAUUAAUGAUAUCCUAGCCUCACUCUUAUGGACAAACAAUAUACAUAUAUACCGAGGAAAAGGAAUAUUUGUAGCUUUUAAUGAUGAUAUAUAUAAUAAUAAAAAUAAAUUAAAAUUAAGUAUAUAUUAUUAUCAGAGCGUUGGAGAUUUAUAUGAAAUUAACUUAGUUAUUAGUGAUCUUCAUAUAUUUUUUCAAAAUUAUUUAAAGACAUCUGAGGAAAAAAAUUGGAAAUAUAAUAUUAACUAUUCAAAUGACUCUUUAUUCACUGAUGAUAGUUUAAAUAAUCUAAGUAACAUUAAUGAUAAGAAAAGUGAUGAUAAUAAUAUGUCAUUUCUUUAUAAUGAUUUACUCGAUGAAGAAAAUUAUUUUUCUGAUGACUCUUCCACUAGUGAUAAUAGUGAUUAUAAUAUAAAUAAUAUAUUGAAUAGUUACAAUAUUUUUAAAUCAAAAUUUUUAUUUAUAGGAAAGAACAUAAAUGAAGAAGAAGUAAGAAAAAAAUUAAAAGAGUGUUUAUAUAAUUAA